UGUCAGUCACAUAGGACGUACAGUCCGGUUGUGCACUGCUGCCAACGGGCAUCUGCAUGCACAGGAGGAAUACUUAACGGCAAUGCUGGCUGCGCUGAAUGUUUGAACCCCAUAACUAAACGAACGGACAGAGAACGGGCAAGCAGCAGCAGCAGUGUGUGUGUGAGUGUCUGUGUGUGUGUCUCUGUGUGUGUGUGAGUGACUGACUGCAGCGCGAUGGUGCAGCAGUACCAGUCCCCAGUCAGGGUCUACAAGUACCCGUUCGAACUCAUCAUGGCGGCGUAUGUGCGUCGGUUCCCCAGCUGCCCGCUCAUCCCCAUGUUCGUCACCAGUGAUGUCAUCAGGGAGGAGGAGGGGCCUGACGGCGCCACACACACCAUCGAGAGGCGAUGCACCGUGGACGUGGACGCACCACGCCUUCUCAAGAGGGUACACACACACACACACACACACACACACACACACACACACACACACACACACACACACACACACACACACACCAUCGAGAGGCGAUGCACCGUGGACGUGGACGCACCACGCCUUCUCAAGAGGAUUGCAGGUGUAGACUACCUGUAUUUCAUCCAGAAGAAUGUUCUGGACCGUCAGAGGAGGACGCUGCACAUCGAGGCCUACAACGAAACCUUCUCUAGCAGGGUUCUAGUGCGGGAACACUGCAGCUACACGGUGCACCCAGAGAAUGAGGAGUGGACGUGCUUUGAGCAGUCGGCCGAUCUGGAUAUGAAGUCCUUCUUCGGCUUCGAGAGCACCGCCGAGAAGAUCGCCAUGAAGCAGUACGCCGCUAGCAUUAGCAAAGGUAAGGAGAUAAUCGAGUACUACCUGCAGGAGUUGGCAGACGAGGGGGUCACCCAUGUGCCACGAUGGACCCCCCCUGCCCCGGCCCCAGGCCCCCCCACCACCACCACCACCACCAGUGCCAAUACGCCCCCCCUGGCUAUCAGCCCUCCAUCAUCCACCUCCAGCAGUGUGGAUAAGCUGGAUGCUGACUACAUCAGGCGUUACCUGGGUGACCUGACGCCCCUUCAGGAGAGCUGCCUAAUACGCCUCCGAGGACUGCUACAGAACACACACAAGGGCAAGAUGCCUAAGGAGCAGCACAUGUUGCGGUUCCUGCGUUCUCGUGACUUCAACGUGGAGAAAGCCUUCGAGGCCCUCACACACACCCUGACCUGGCGCAAGAACACACACAUCGACCAGCUGACACACACCUGGCAACCGCCCCCUAUCCUCACACACUACUACACCGGGGGCUGGCAUCACCACGACAAGGAGGGGCGUCCUCUGUACAUAUUGCGUCUGGGCCAGAUGGACACCAAGGGAUUGGUACGGGCUCUUGGGGAGGAAACUCUACUGAAACAUAUUCUGUCCAUCAAUGAGGAGGGCCUGAGGAGAUGUGAGGAGAACACCAACGUCUUUGGCAAACCCAUCAGCUGCUGGACGUGCGUUGUGGAUCUUGAGGGCCUCAGCAUGCGUCACCUGUGGCGACCGGGAGUGCGGGUUCUGCUGCGCGUCAUCCAAUUGGUGGAGGCUCACUACCCCGACACACUCUCACACACACUCAUCCUCCGCGCACCGAGAGUCUUCCCUGUACUGUGGACACUGGUGAGUCCGUUCAUCGAUGAGAACACGCGUCGGAAGUUCCUCAUCUACGGCGGUAACGACUACCAGACACCAGACGGACUACUGCUGUACAUCAGCCCAGACGCCAUACCAGAGUUCCUAGGAGGAGAGAGCACCUGUGAUAUUCCAGAGGGCGGGCUGGUUCCCAAGUCUCUGUACCGCUCCACUGAGGACACAGAGGAGGCUCCACUACACAACAUCUACCAAAGCAGCACAUUACACCACGGAGAACCACACGAGGUGGUGUUGGAGGUGUGUGAGUCGUCCUCGGUCAUCACGUGGGACUUCGACGUGUGUGAAGGACACGUGAUCUUCGACAUCUACCACUCCCGACGCGCCCCCCUGUCCCCUCACACACACACCACACACACUACACACUCGACGCACUCGACGCACUCGAGCACACACACGGGCGGCGUGGACAGCAGCCGCGGGAGGGGGCGCGUGAUUGGCCGGUCGUGGGUGCUGGGGCGGGACUACAGCCGCGUGGAGACCUCGCUCACCUGUCGAGAGGGGGACAGCAUACAGGGCUCCCAUGUGACGCGUUGGCCGGGCUUCUACAUUCUUCAGUGGCGUAUCCAUGGCAACAUGGACGGGGCCAGCAGCUCCAACUCCAGCCAAUCACGUGCGGACGGCUGCGGCCGUAUCCUGUACUACACACACCUGCUGCCCUCCCACGACUUCAGGGGUUCCAUGUCGAGUCUGGAGUCCAGCCAUAGUGGCUUCUCCCAGCUCAGCUCUGCCACCACCUCCUCCAGCCAAUCACAGGCCAGCUCCACCCUCUCCAGGUAGCGGAUGGCCAAUCAGAGACCAGAGCACACCCCUCGCCAGGUAGUGCUGGACCAAUCAGAUGGAUUCCCGCCCAGGCCUGAGUGGAGAAGAAGGGCGCAUUCCAAUAUGCAGACUCCUGUCCUCCACUUGUGCUUGUGGCCUCGCGUGUUGCUGACGCCCCG